GAGAGAAAGAAAGGAUAGAAAAGGUCGCAAAGGAAGAAGGAGAAAGAUAGAGGAGGAAGAAGACGUGGACAGGUCGCUGAACGAGGUGCGGCGGAGCGGCGAAGGGGCGGAGGAGUCGGAGCGUCAGGCAUCUCAGGAGGACGAGUUGGCGAGGGCCCUCGAGGAGAAGCGGGAAAGGAGACGGAGGAGGAAGGAGAGACGGAACAAGAAAAAGCGAGGCGGGAAGAACGGUGAUAGGCAGGGCAAGAAGAAGAGGAAGGGCAGAAAGGGCAGAAAGAAUGAGAUUCCUCAGGAGCCGCAGGACGUCGACAACAGCCUCGACGCCUUCGGAGCAGGCCACGCCCCCUCGCCCGCCGACGUCGCUGGCGAGGCAGACAACCAGGUGCCCAACGAGGUGGUGCCGAGGCUGGACGCCGAGGAGAGCCAGGCGGGCAAGAGGAGGCGAGGCGGCCGGCGGCGCAGACCCGGCCAUCGACGAGGCCGCCCCUCCACCACGACCUCGCCGCCAGAAACCACAACACCUACAACCACUACAACUACCACCACGACCACGACUACCACAACUACCCCCGCCACGACGGUAACCACGGAGGUCCUUUACGACUCGACAGGCUACCCGCAGGACUCCUCCUACAGCGCCGUCGAGCCGCAGUACACCAUCGAGGGGCGGGAAGUCGAGCGGACCAUCGUCGACUUCGUGCCCGAGUCUCCCGCAGGAUCCGCCGACGAGGACGACUUCCGGAAGAAUGCCGUCGAGGAGGAGCUCAAAUACCACGGGAAAGACGCGCGAGGAAACGGAAGAGGGAGGAGGAAGAAGAAGGGCAAAAACAAGAAGAACAAGAAGGGCGAUAAAAGCCACGUCAUGGUAGAUAAGACGGAGUAUGAAAUGGAGGACCUCGAGGACACGUACAGCGAGAUCCCUGAGCCCGAUCAAGAGGAGGACGAGACCUUGGACAUCUUGGAGGACCUGCCCGAGGGUUACCCGACGGACAGGUUUAUUCAGAGGGGAUCCAAAUCCAACUACUCAAGAUUUAUUGAAACGGAAGAUAUCAAAUUCGAUUUGCUGGACAUGUCAUGUGUGGUCUCGGAAAGCGACUCCAUGUAUCUUCCACCGCCGAGGGUCCCCAACGCUCACGUCACUUCAUAUUACACAGUCACCAAUCCUGCCCCGCCUAACAACGUUUACGCCGAGGCAGUGUACGAGUGCAAAUUCGGCUACAGACUUACCGAGGGAGCGAGCAACAGAGUUUUCUGCAUGGACGACAAAUGGCUGGGUGUUCUACCGUCGUGCGUUAGUUAUGCCCGCCAGAAGAGCAGCGGCAAGUGCGAGGACGAGAACGGCGACUGCGAGCAGAUCUGCGACCUGACUCCCAACGGGCGCCAGUGCCUCUGCUACAAGGGCUUCACGCUGGGGGAGGACGGCGUGUCCUGCCAGGACGUGGACGAGUGCGCGAUAGACAACGGGGGCUGCGAAGGGAAGUGUCUCAACAAUCUCGGUUCCCAUCGCUGCUACUGCCCUCGGGGAUUCCGCCUUGGGACCAACGGCAAGGCGUGUAUAGAUAAGAACGAGUGCCUCCUUCGCAACGGCCACGGUCCCUGCCAGGAUACUUGUGUUAACACCGACGGGGGAUACUACUGCACCUGUGAAAGCAUGCCAGGCACGCAGCUGGGAUCCGACAACCACACCUGCGAGGAUGUGAACGAGUGCGCCCUCAACAACGGCGGCUGCUCGCACAUCUGCCUCAACACCUUCGGACAGAUCUUCUGCACGUGUCCCGAGGGCUUUGUCAUGGGCAUGGAUUGGAAGACGUGUGAUGACAUCGACGAAUGCAGCUACGAAGACAUAGCAGCUCAGUGUGAACACCGUUGCGUCAACACCCCCGGCAGCUACCACUGUGCCCAAGCCGAGGAGCUGCAGCAAACGGCCCUCGAGUGCCCCGAAGGCUUAGUGCCAACCGACGACAACCUCUCGUGCCAAGACGAAGACGAGUGCGCAGAGGACAACUUCGGCUGCUCCGACGUGUGCGUGAACACCCACGGCGGCGCGCACUGUGCUUGCCCCGUCGGCUUCGACCUGGCUCCUGACGAGAAGACCUGCGAGGACAUCGACGAAUGCGAGGAGGAGGAGGAGGAGGGGGGGAGGGGGAGGGGGGGCCCGGUUGCUCCCACGGCUGCGCCAACUCCGAGGGAUCCUACAGCUGCACCUGCCCCGAGGGCCUCACGCUCUCGCCGGACCUCAGGACCUGCCUCGUGUACAUGUCUGCUUUCUCUUCUAGAUGUGAACGAGUGCGCUUCUGCCAACGGAGGAUGUGAUCAACUUUGUGAAAAUACUGAAGGGUCGUUCUUCUGCGAUUGCAAGGAAGGAUUCGAACUCUCCGCCGACGAAGUCACUUGCAGCGAUACGGAUGAGUGCGUCGAGGACAACGGCGGAUGUGACCAAGAGUGCACCAACACAAAGGGCUCCUUUUCGUGCUCCUGUCUGCCUGGGUACGAGCUCGAGGAUGACUUCCACUGCAUUGACGUGGACGAGUGCCAACUGCAACUGUCCAAGUGCCAGCAUGACUGCAUCAACGUCCCCGGCUCGUACGAGUGCAUUUGCCACGAAGGCUUCGAGAUAUCGUCGGACAACCACACGUGCCUUGACAUCGACGAGUGCGGCUCCGACACCGGCUGCUCCCACUUCUGCACCAACCGGAACGGGUCGUACGUCUGCCACUGCCCGCCCGGCUUCCACCUCGACGCCGACGACCACACCUGCGUCGACGAGGACGAGUGCGCGAACGAGAACGGAGGCUGCACGCACCUCUGUCACAACUUCGAAGGUGGGUACAAGUGCCAAUGCCCCUCGGGGAUGGAGAAACUGCACGAGGGAACGGCCUACGAGAGGAAGCACGUCUGCGUCGACAUGGACGAGUGUGAGGACAACAAGGGCAACUGCAGUCACAUCUGCAAUAACCUCGAGGGAGGCUACGAGUGCCAGUGCCCCGAUGGAUUCUCCUUCAGGAUGGAAGAUGAUGGCACCGAGUCAGAGUUCGAGUGUGUGGAUCUGGACGAGUGCGAGGUGGAUAACGGUGGAUGUAGCCACUUCUGCGUGAACACUGAGGGAGGAAGAGAGUGUGUUUGUCCUGAGGGGAUGAGGCUGCCUGAAGGAACGGGUAACAGCACACAGGAGUCCCCGUGCGAGGAUGUGGACGAGUGUCUCAAGGAGAACGGCGGCUGCAGCCACGUCUGCAUCAACCUCGAGGGCACGUACGAAUGCGAGUGCCCCGAGGGAUGGGUCCUGGACAUACCCGAUGACUACUACGAUUACUACAAUGAUAAACCCGUCGAUUUCGACAUCUACAACGAAGUCAUCUGGAAAAAGUGCGUCGACAUGAACGAGUGUUCCGAAGACAACGGAGGAUGCAGCCACACGUGCCACAACAACGACGGAGGCUACAAAUGCUCUUGCCCAGAAGGGUACUGGCUGGGCAAGGACAACCGCACCUGCUGGGAUGUCAACGAGUGUGCCAUCGACGGCGGCGGCUGUUCGGACACGUGCACCAACACCGACGGGUCCUUCGUGUGUUCUUGCCCCGACGGCUUCCAGCUGGUGGACUCUACUCGCUGCGUAGACGUAGACGAAUGCCAGCAGGACAACGGCGGCUGCACCCACCGCUGCGUCAACCAGAUCGGGAGCUACCACUGCGCAUGCUCGGAAGGCCUCAUGCUGCAGGACGACAACGUCACCUGCGCCGAUCUGAACGAGUGCGGCGACGACAACGGCGGCUGCUCUCACGACUGCCAGAAUAUGCUCGGCAAUUACACCUGCAGCUGCCCGCCCGGUUUCGCCCUCGGGGAGGACCUGCACACCUGUGAGGACGUGAACGAGUGCCUCACGAACAACGGCGGCUGCUCGCACGUGUGCCGCAACAAGAAGGGCUCCCACAGGUGCAAGUGCCCCAAGGGCCUGAACCUCGGCGUCGACAAGCUCACCUGCCUCGACGUGGACGAGUGUGGCACCGAGAACGGCGGAUGCUCCCAUCAGUGCGCCAACCACAAGGGCCACUACACGUGCCUCUGCCCCACCGGCUUCGAACUGGCGGCGGACAAUCACACCUGCGUUGACAUAGACGAGUGCCAGCUGGACAACGGCUCGUGCAGCUAUAAGUGUGUGAACAAGGAAGGGGGUUACGAGUGUCACUGCCCAUUCGGGAUGGAACUCAACGGGGACAAGUUCACGUGCAAGGACGAGGACGAGUGUGCCAUCGACAACGGAGGAUGUAGCUAUGAGUGCCACAACACACGAGGCUCCUACAGGUGCGAGUGCCCUACCGGAUACCGCCUUGCUAGCGACGGUACUUCUUGUGAAGAUAUAGACGAGUGUUCUAUCGCCAAUGGAGGAUGCUCUCACACCUGCAUCAACAGAAAAGGGUCGUUCCUGUGCACCUGUCCCAGAGGUUACGAAAUAUCUGAGGAUCCUUACAAAUGCCUGGACGUGAAUGAAUGCGCCAAAGCUCCUUGUGAACACGAGUGCUUUAACACCCCUGGCUCCUACUACUGUGCCUGCAGGCCUGGAUUCAAACCGAAGCCAGACACCUCCCACCAGUGCUGGGAUGUGAACGAAUGCGACGAGGACAACGGAGGCUGUGCCCAGGAUUGCUUCAACUCUCUCGGAUCCUAUCACUGCGGGUGUUCGGUGGAGUACAUGAUUAGCGAGGACGGACACUCGUGCGAUCUCAAACCCGUGUUCUGCCCCGUGAUUGUGGCGCCUUUACACGGGGAGAUGGUGUGCUCCAGGGACCUCGUGGGGGGAGCAUAUCCAAGGGGAACUACGUGCACUUUUACGUGUUCUGAGGGGGCGGCGCUCCACGGACAUGCUAAUACCACGUGCCUUCAGUCUGGGACUUGGUCGAAUAACCCUGUUACGUGUCAAGCCGUAAAAUGCUCAGCGUUGGCGGAGGUGGAGCACGGCCGCGUCUCCCCCGACCGCUGCACUCGGCGCACAUCGAGCGUGGGUCAGCACUGCUAUCUCUCUUGCUCGCCGGGGUACCGUGUCGUAGGGAAUCCUGUGCGGACGUGCCAGCCUGCCGGGACGUGGUCACCUGAUGCCGUAACGCCGUAUUGUGAAAAGGAUGCUACCCUCACUACCUCCCUGCAUUCUCUGCCAAGGUUUCGCGGCUUCGAAUGGUUGUUUCGAGACCGUAAUGACACCCUACGGCCGUUCAUCCAGUGUCCGGGCGACUUCUCCGUGGACUUAGCCCCCCACCAGAGCUCCUCCUACGUCAGGCUGCCGCAACCGAAAGCCAACGUCGACUGGUUCAGGUACGCAGUCAGUCGCUGUUUUAGUACAUUAACCGAGACGGUACCAGUGUAUAUAGUUUGUAGUCUGACGUACAUGUCGGAAUUAAUUAACCUUACUCACCCUGAUUUUUAUCUUUAUUAUUAUUUAUUCUGGAUACAUACGAUGUGA